AUGACACAAGACGAGGCGCAACGUACGACUCCACCUGAGACGUGGAAGGGCCACCGCGCCUGUUUCGAGUGCAGACGAAAGAAGACGCGAUGUGACAUGAGAAAACCCAACUGCGGUUUGUGUACAAGAACAGGCCAAUCCUGCACAUUUCCAACAAAGCGAAAGACGCCGCAACGACGUCGCCAGGAGAGCCAGAUUGAUUCACAGAAGCUCGAGCGUCUCGUCAGCCUGCUUGAGUCAAGGUUAGGCGAAGGUCAAGACAUCGACAUGCUCUUAUCGCAAACAGAGCAGCUUCCGAAAGUUAACGAUAUCCAUACACCGAACUCGCUCGACAGAGAACAUGACCAGCCUAUGCGAGACGACAGUAACGAUGAAUCACAGCCAGAAAUCAUCGUACUGGGCACGAGCCUCGUUGGUGACGAUUCAACCUCUCCGGCUUCGACUUUCCGCUCAACAGAAGCCGACGCACCUACCUGGCUAGGCAUACCGGUGCCUGUAUUGACCGACCUUGUUCACAUCUUUUUCUCCAAAACCCAGGGAUGGCUUCCGCUUCUUCAUAGGCCACGAUUCUUCGGCAGGUUCAUGAAGAACGGCUCCUUUGAUGACAGAAACCACUCCAACACUGAGGCAUUGCUGCUCUGUGGCAUGUUUGCCUUGGCAGCUCGCCACUCCACAAAUUCAUGGUUUCACGGCAUUCCAGCACCAGACCGUGGACAAGCAUUUAUGGAGAAGGCCAAUACAUAUUACGAAAAGUGCCAAUCCGACCAAGCACCUAGUCUCGAGUAUCUCCAAGGCUGCAUCUUGCUAGCUGCUUACGAAUACGCUUCGGGUCCAUCGCACCGCGCCUGGAUUCUGGCAGGCGUCUGUAUUCGACUGGCCUACGACCUAAACCUGUGUAGCAUGGACGAGCAGGAUGAAUCAGGCGACUGGUCAAUUCUAGAAGAGCAGCGCCGUGCGUUUUGGAUCACCUGGGAACUCGACACUUUUGGCUCCCUCAUGUCUAGACGGCCAAGUUCGAUAACCCGGUCACUGGUGAUGGUCAAACUUCCGGUUAGCGAUGAAGCAUGGUUUGCUGACAGACCUGUGGUGUCGCCUGUUGUCGACCCAAGACCCAGUGAGGUAUGGAAACUCCUUCUCGACUCCCCGAAUCAGGACCCUCGGGCGUGGUUUCUCAUAGCCAAUAUUCUCUUGAGUGUCGCGAGUGAAUUUGCAGCAGGUCGGUUCACUUGUCAGCGGGAUAAGGAGGAGCUUAUUGAUGCGAUUACGUGCUUUUCACUUGCCAUGUCACAGAGGUUUAACCUGGAGACUCUUGAGUUAGAGACGUCUUCUGGAGAUGCGGCAAGGCAUAACUGGAUCAUUGAUCUAAAAGCCUCGUUGAUGCGCCGCGACAAGGACAACUCAUUCGAGAAGCGAUUUGCGUUAUUCUUCCCUUCGCGGGUUCCCAAUAAUAGGAAAGAUGACCAGCCAGCUGUAGCUGGAGGGCUCGAUGUAGAGGAAUUGGGGACUGAGAACCUAUCAGCAGAAAGCAGUUCUGGUGACAGUGAUCUCCAGCAACUUCUUCAGCCGACGGAAUUAGGAGAUGCAGAGACUUUGAUGACAGAACUUGCCAAUAUGGCCGGGAGGGGGUUACCAAGAUACGUUCCAGGAGACACUCAACCUGAUUGGAACAGCGGCAUUUCUCUCAAUUUCCUUGACGAGGAUCAUCAGCAUCUCAAUUACCUACAGUUGUGA